AUGAAACGCGAAGCCCGCAAAUCACAACUUCGCCGUGUACGCAACGCCGCCGCACAACCUCUCCCUACGUGUCCUCGAUGCCACCGGACUUUCCGGGCACGAAUCGGACUUGUUGGACAUCUUCGGAUCAACUGCACCUCUCGAACUGCUCCAGCCAUCGUCUCCCCGCCCGCCUCUUCCUCGUCCUCUCUGCCGCCAACUAACUCUGACACUCCUCCUGCACCACCACUUCCAUCCUCGUCGUCCUCUUCCCUCUCCACUGCCCCAGCGGCGGUCGUUCAGACUGCUGUCUCACACAUCACCAACCCCAACACAACAACCGACAUCGCCUCUCCCACCUCUCCCGAUACCACUGAUGAGGACCAGGACUACACCUGCCCUCACUGCGAUCGCACGUUCACCUCACGCGUCGGCCUGGUCGGUCACUUGAGAAUCCAUCGCACAAAGACUGGCGAGCCAGUGCCUGGAGCACCAACCUACACCCACCGCACUCGCCUCCACUGCCCACACUGCCCUCGCACCUUCACUCAUCGCAUGGGUCUAUUCGGUCACAUGCGCAUCCACAAGAGCGGAAUUGACCGCAGCCUCGAGACACCCACCCCGCCAGACCCCAAUCCCAAAUCAUCACCUUGUGCACCGACCACCCUCUCCGAAACCGACAUCGACGCCACCUUCUUUACCACCCCUUACUCCUCGACUUCCUCCUCCUCUUCCUCCUUCACCGCCACAACAACGGCCACUCCGGCGUCUGUCGCGCACGACAUCACCACAGACAUACCUGAAACAACAACAGGCACAACCCCUGCAACCUCCGUCACAAGAGGUGAGGACCAGGACUACGCCUGUCCUCACUGCGAUCGCACCUUCACUUCACGCAUCGGCCUGGUCGGUCACUUGAGAAUCCAUCGUACAGAGGCUGGCGGACCGGUGUCAGGAGCACCAACCUACACCCACCGCACUCGCCUCCACUGCCCACACUGCCCUCGCACCUUCGCGCAUCGGAUGGGUCUAUUCGGCCACAUGCGCAUCCACGUGAGCGGGAUUGACCACAAGUCCGAAACACCAAAUACAUCUAACACAUCCACCAUGCCCAGCCCCAGCCUCGCUCCAUCGCCCUGCUCGCUCAUCACCACCACCACCGCUUCCUCUGUAGCCGACACCGACGCCGCCGACCUCUCGUGCCCACACUGCCCACGCACAUUCACCUAA